AUGCUCUCAGAUCUCAGAGCAUGCACAGCAGCAGUAAUGUGUCAGCGAGGACUAGAAGCCUUCCCCACCUGGCGCACAGUCCCACCUGGCGCACAGCUUAACCAAAGCCAACUGUUGUCCAGUGCGAGUGUGGUGUCAGGUGGGAUCGUGCAGCACAUGGGGAAGACUUCUAUCGUGUUUCCAGAUAAUGGCCAGAAAGCCGUGCUCUCGUCGAUCCAACGCGCUGGCCAUGUCCGGGUCCCAACAGAAGUCGUCGUCCGGCUGCUGAUACCAGCGAGCGUUUCAAGGCCAUGCCGUCCAUGCCGUCCAUGCCGUCUCCACGAUGUUUCCACGAUGUUUCCCGUCUGCUUGUGA